AUGGUGGAGCUCAGAGAGCUAGACCACACAAUCCAGACAGAACAGACCCCACAAAACAGCCAAGCACAACAACAGCCCCCCCCAACAAGACCCAGAGGGCUGAAGGUAGAGAUGGACGCCUGUCUGAGACAGCUGGCUGCAUUCCGGAAUGAGGAAGAGCGCAUGUUCAGUGAGGAGGAAGAACAGAAACUGCAGAGUGCUCUGUCAUUGGACAAGCAGGCCCUCUGUCUGGUUCUUCAUUCUAGAACAGCAUGUUUUGAGCUAGACAAGGCUGUUUAUCAUAAUGUUAAGCCAGCCUCCCUGAAGCAGCAGUUUGAGAACAUACAUCUCUCCCCAGAGAAGGCGGAGGCCUUCUGCCGGGCCUGGACCACUGUCGGCCCAGAUGUCGUGGAGAAGGUCUGGCAGAGAAUUUUCACCCCCAAAAAGCCCAAUCCCGAGGUGAAGCAGGCAGACCUCCAGUGUACAGAACGAAACGUCGCCUCUCCAUCCAAGCCAGUCAGUGAGCAGCUGGAUAUACAUUAUCUCUAA